AUGGUACAAAGGCACUCGCUCGCCCUGAGAGCUCACAGCUCAAGGUUGGGUUCUGAACUUUGCUCUGAGGACAGUUGGUUUGUGCUCAUGGAGAUGGAGAGCUGUCUGUUCAUCCUCAUGCUCUCAUCCCUGCUCCUGUCCACCACAGCCGACAGUGAUGUGAGGCUGGCGGAUGGUGUCAGUCCCUGUGCUGGGAGAGUGGAGCUUCUUCAUGAAGGACAGUGGGGAACUGUGUGUGGAGAUAGAUGGGAUAUGGAUGAUGCAUCAGUGGUGUGUAAACAGAUGUUCUGUGGAGAUGCUGUAGCAGCACCGCAAUAUGAUCACUUUGGACCAGGAUCUGAGAACAUCUGGAUGGAUGAGGUGUCCUGUGUAGGAUCUGAGUCAACACUGAAAAACUGUCAACAUAACGGAUGGGGUAAACAUGACUGUACUCAUGCUCAUGAUGCUGGAGUUAUCUGCUCAGAUGUGCAACUGGUACAGGGUACACACCUGUGUUCGGGGAGAGUGGAGAUCCAGCAUGGAAUUACCUGGUACACAGUGUGUGAUGCUGACUUUGACCUGCAGGAUGCCCAAGUUGUGUGUCGGCAGCUGGGCUGCGGGAUCCCUGCGAAGGUGCUGGGAGGGUCUGCCUUUGGGAAGGGGGGAUACCAAAUGUGGACAGAGGAGAUUCGGUGUACAGGGAACGAGUCAAAUGUUUACUCCUGUCCUAAAUCAUCCACAAAGAAGCAGAGCUGCUCACGUGAUGACAGCGUGGGACUUGUGUGUUCUGGGUACACAAACGGCAGACUGGCGGACGGCCCGGACCGCUGCUCCGGGAGGGUGGAGUUACAGUACCUCACUGAGUGGGGCACAGUGUGUGAUGCAUCCUGGGAUCUGAGAGCAGCCAAUGUCCUCUGUCAGCAGCUGGGCUGUGGGAGCGCUGUGGCGGUGCCAGGACAGGCCUGGUUUGGAGAGGGCAGCGGUCCCAUCUGGGCUGAUGUGUUUGAGUGUCAGGGGAAGGAGACACACCUGUCCCAGUGUGCUGUUUCUUCAUGGAACCGAGUUGCAUGCUCUCAUGAACAUGAUGCAGGAGUCAUCUGUAAUGGAUCAUCUCUCUCAACCCUCAAUGGGACGGUCCGACUGUCUGGAGAAAGUGGCUGUGGGGGUCAGUUGGAGGUUCACUACCAGCACACCUGGAGCAGGGUUCUCCUGGACUCCUGGAGCAUCAGGGAGACUUCCGUGGUCUGCAGACAGCUGGGCUGU